UCAAUCAGCCGCUCUCAUGUGACGGCUCUUGCCAAUGACGUGCCAGCCAUAUGGCCUGGCACCGGAGCCGAUAUUUAGUGGCCGCCAUGUUGAGCCGCCUGUUCAGCGACGUCCUACCGGACGUCCAAAGGCUCGCGGCGGGAGGCUGGGUGGAGGACAGCGCGAGCGAGGACUCCAAGACCAAGGACGACUGCCACCUCCGCGAGGACGAGAUGGAUGACAGCGAGACACGCGCCAGCAGCCGGGCCGAUUCCGAAAUGGCGGGAGACGACGACGACGACGACGACGACGACAGUCUUGACGACGAUGAAGAGGAGGGCGGCGGCGACGAGAACGAUGGCGACAAACCCAAGAAGCGCGGGCCGAAGAAGCGUCAGAUGACGCCGGCCCGUGCCGAGCGCUCCAAGGUGCGCAGGCAGAAGGCGAACGCGCGCGAGCGCACGCGCAUGCACGACUUGAACUCGGCGCUGGACAACCUGCGCAAGGUGGUCCCGUGCUACUCCAAGACCCAGAAGCUGUCCAAGAUCGAGACGCUGCGGCUGGCCAAGAACUACAUCUGGGCGCUCGGGGAGAUCUUACGCAACGGAAAGCGGCCUGACGUCGUGUCGUACGUUCAGACGCUGUGCAAAGGCCUGUCCCAGCCCACCACCAACCUGGUGGCCGGCUGUCUGCAGCUCAACACCCGGAACUUCCUCACGGAACAGUGUACGGAACCGGGCCGCUUCCACGUGCCCAGCUCCCCCUUCGCCGCCCACCCUUACCCCUACCCCUGCUCCCGCCUGGCCAGCCCCCACUACCAGGGCGGCUCCGGGGGGCUGAACAUACGGAGCCAUGCUUACGGCCCGGGGUACGAGGCCGUGUACCCACCGGGUGGGGGGUCCCCAGACUACAACAGCCCGGACUACGAGGCGCCACACAGCCCCCCUGUGUGCCACAACGGCGGGCUGUCGAACCGGCCAGGCCAGGACUCGGAUACGGACAGGAACUAUCACUACUCUAUGCACUACUCCGGGCUGACCACGGCCCGUGCCCCGGCUCCUCACAACCUGCCGUUUGGGCCCCCGGGAGCGCGGAUCGGCGGCGCGCAUUCGGAAAACAUUCCGCCUUUCCACGACGUGCACACGCACCACGACAGGGCCCCGCCGUACGAGGAUCUCAACGCGUUUUUCCACAACUGA